AUGAAAGAUGCCGAGCCCCAAUCAAAGAAGACGUCGGAUUCAGGGUCAAAUCCACAAGAGCAAGAGAAGCAAGACAAGAAACCUAUCUCUGAUGCCAAACGCCAACGAGAUAAACGCCGAUGGAAGAAGUAUAGCGAGAAGAAGAAACAGAAGAAGCAGGCGAGAAAAUUGAAACAGCGGCAAAAUAAGCAAAAGACAAGCGAAGAACUUGAUGGAAUAAACAACAACAAGAACAAGCUACCACCAACGCCCCAACUAAACCCCACCAAAUCAUUCCCGAAUGCAGCUCAUGAUGAAUUUUAUGGAUUUGGCGACCCCAUGUCUAUAGAUGAGGAUGAUGAUGAUGAUGAUGAUGAUGAUAGUUCUCUUCAAAACUCUACUGUCAGCGUUACUGUUCAGCCUGUCGGUACUACUACGAUUAAUCUGGACAGCACCUUACGAGCUAUUGCUAGGAACGCACGACUUCAAAUAGAUAUCGUUGACGCAAGUUACCAAAGUCAAUAUUCAGGGACGAAGCUGGAAUAA